AGGCAUCUUCGGCUCGGAGCGUUUUGCUCUUCUUCACCCUUGCGCCAUGGCCACAGUAACCAUAGGCAAAUCCUAUUUCGAGGCCCUGUUACGAAAGGCUGAAUUCCAUACAUCCACUCAGCCUGUCAGCUACGGCACUGAUCUUUCGAAUAAUGUCACCAUCAGCAAAGCAGAACAUGAGUACAUGAUUCAAGCGAUGCGCGAAUACCAUCUCCUCAAGAGCGCCCUGUUUCGUGGGGGCCUGACGACCGAGACCUUGGAGACAUUGUUACAAGGCGAAAACGGCGUUUCGAGUGACGCACCAUCAAGCUACGACUACGUGUCGGAGCACACACCUGCCGAAUCAAGAGCCACUCCUGUAGCUGCACCUACUUCAUUUCACUACCGACCAGAGUCGGAUCACACAGCUGUCAGCCACGGUCUCCAGCCUAGACCUUUACAAUCGCUCCAUCGAAUUGUCAGCUAUGGCGUAUGUGAGUCCUUCACAGGGGACCCACAAGACGACGACGACGACCAGGAGCCAAUUUCAGGUCGCCGUGUACCACUCCAUGAUCAGCGAACUGUACUGAUCACCAACCUCUCUGAGCGUACCACACAUAAAGACUUGGCUGGAAUUGUCCGUGGUGGAAGACUCCUCGACAUCUUCCUCCGCAACGACCGAUCUGCUACCAUCUCGUUCGUUGAAGGAGCCGCGGAUUUUCUGGCUUAUGCAAAGCGCAACGAUAUCUACCUGCAUAUGAAGAGGCUUGAGUUCCGUUGGAGCGACCGACAGUUCCACGUGCCACCGCAUGUGUCCAACAAAAUCGCUGGCGGUGCCACACGGAACCUGGUGGUAAGAGGGGUUGCAGGCAAAGUCACCACAGAUCAGAUCCGUGACCAACUUGAUCACAUCCACAACCUCAUCGUGGUUGACGUAUACUUCAGAAACGGCGAUGCAUACGUCUCGACCAACUCGAUUCACAAUGCUCUGUUCGCCAGGACAUGCAUGAUGUCGCGUAGCAUAUACAAAGGCACGCGCAUCGAGUACUAUCCAGAUGAAUGCGCUGGACCGUUACCUCAACCCAAGAAGACCCACGUUCCCGUCGCGCGUAUGCCUACCAAACCUGCGCCUGUGGUCAACCAGUAUGCUAUUCUGGACACUGGUUCUGACGAUGGAUCUGAGUCCGAAGAGGAGUCGUACAGGACCCAUGGUGUGCAGGUUGAUGGUUACCAUUGGGCUGACGCUGUCGUAGCAUAAGCGGCUUCUAUGGAGGCUCGCUGCCUAUUGUAGCCCGGCGUACCCCAUGGGGUCGGCGAGGAGCUACAGUGUCUUGAUCGGGCCUUCCACUCAUACUAAGUUUCUUCGCGUUGCGGCAUUUUUCGAACAGACUAAAGUAUAUCUCUUACAUGAGAGGGCGUCGAUCGAAUUCCGAAGGAAUUCUGAUCCAGUUGUCAAGAGCGGAGGUAAUGCCGAUGGGAGUGGUAAUACGGAUAUGUUGUCGAGAAACAUGUCAUGUCGUAUAGCUGGUCGACAAUACAUUUCUCGACAGGUGUUGGGAGGAGUAUGUUUCUUUCCUAUAUAGAUACCCCUCGAUUACUUCAAAUCAUGAUCUUCGCUUACAAGGUA